CGGUAAACACAGUCAACUACAAACUUCUACAGCGCGCUGCGAGCGCUCUCACUGCAGCUGCUGUUUAAGUUAGGGCGAUUCGGACGUAACGGAGCAGAGCCCUCGUUAGGGUCAGAGAAUGGCGGAGCGCCGGAAUGAUUCGUGCGCUUCUUCAGAACGGCAUAUUUAAGCCGAGGAUAAGCAACAGAGGGAAAUCAUCCCAUUUGAAACAGCGGAGAGAAGUAAAAGGAGAGACCGUGAAAGUGAAAGAAGGAGCCGCUCAGAGGAGACGCGACCGACACCCCUCGCCUUUCAUCUCGAGAUGUUCUGUCAGCCAGGACUACGAUGGGUGCUCAUAAGUGCUUUCUUGUACACGGUCUCAACCAAGGACACCCGCGGACGGCCGAGACAAUGUGACCCCCCGAGAUCGCAGCGCGACAUGAACUCCUUCCUGUGGACUGUGAGGCGUGAGCCCAACUCCUCCCCCUCCUACCUGUUCGGGACGAUACACGUGCCCUACACCCGAGUUUGGGACUUCAUCCCGGAGAGCUCCAAGCGGGCCUUCCAGACCAGCACCAGCGUCUACUUCGAGCUGGACCUGACCGACCCGCUGACCAUCUCCAAGCUGACCAGCUGCCAGCUGCUGCCGCACGGCGAGAGCCUGCAGAUGCUGCUGCCGCAGGACCUGUACCGCCGGCUCAAGCGCCACCUGGAGUACGUCAAGCACAUGAUGCCCUUCUGGAUGACGGCUGACCAGCGGGGGAGGGGCCUCUACGCCGACUACCUCUUCAACGCCAUCGCCGGGAACUGGGAACGCAAGAGGCCCGUGUGGGUGAUGCUGAUGGUGAACUCGCUGACGGAGUGGGACGUGCGGUCGCGGGGCACGCCCGUGCUGGACCUCUUCCUGGCCCAGGAGGCCGAGCGGCUGGGGAAGCGGACCGGCGCUGUGGAGAGGGUCGAGGAGCAGUGCCACCCCCUGAACGGGCUCAACUUCUCACAGGUGCUGUUUGCCUUGAACCAGACCCUGCUGCAGCACGAGGGCGUCCGAGCAGGCAGUCUACAGGGCUCCUACACCACCGAGGACCUCAUCACUCACUACAACUGUGGGGACCUCAGUUCCAUCAUCUUCAACCAUGACACAUCCCAGCUCCCACACUUCAUAAACAGCUCUCUGCCGGCCCACGAGCGCACCACCGCCCAGCAGAUUGACAGCUACUUCCGCCAGGAGCUCAUCUACAAGCGGAACCAGAGGAUGGCCAGCAGAAUCUCUGCCCUCAUGCAGCGCAGCCCCACACAGACCUUCUUCUUCGCCUUUGGAGCAGGUCACUUCCUGGGGAACCACAGUGUGUUGGACAUCUUGCGGCAGGAAGGUUAUGAGGUGGAACACACACCCCCUGGAGAACCUAUCACUGAGCAGCCAUCUCAGACAGAGGACACAACAGUGAGGUCCAGCUGGGGGAGCUCUGAGACAGCGACCCAGCAGCCCCACAGCUGGGGUACCAGCCCCCCAGGCCUGCUGGAGAGCCAGGAGGACCUGCCACACCUGCUGCUCCCCGACAGUCUGAGCCAGCUGGAGGAGUUUGGGCGGCAGAAACGGCCGAGGAAGCAUCACCGCACCCACAACAGGCCUCGACUGUUCAGUGACCUGUGGGUCCGCAUGGAGGCCAGCACCACUCCACUUCCAAAUAUAAGGAUAACAAAUGGCUAUAUUACAGUGGAGCCCCCUCUUACACACCAGGAGCAGCUGAGGAGGCCAGCGCUCCGCCAUCGGGAACAGCUCCCCAGCUCGUCGACACUCCUUCUCCCAUUGAACUCUGCCUUACCUAGCACUGGCCACACCUUCAUCAGCCUGAUAGCUUGCCUGAUUUCACACAUGCUGCUCACCUCCUGACCACAAGGGGGAGCCCCCCCCCACCUCACGUGUGUGAUGAUAGUCCCAACUCCCUACCCCAUGGCCCAAAGGGUGAAUAAGAGUUAAAAAGAAUAAACACAGAAACACUAGCAAUCAUUAACACAGAAAACUCCUGCUCUUUGUCCUCAACUUCAAUCUGUGACAUGAAAAUGUAAAUCUUUCAGACCGCAUCUAAAUUCUGACAAGAUCCCACUGAAGAAAAACUAAUUUAUUUACAAAGUGUGUCAGGUAACUAACACACACUGGGUUGCAGGCCUCAGCAGGUUGCAUGAAGGUAGGUGCUAGUACUGAUUGUCUGUGCUUGUCUUAGAAUAAGGUCCUCACUUGAACAAAUCCCUUUUUAAUGCAAAACUCCUUGUGCCAAAGGGAAGACUACUUAGACAGUUAUUUGAAUUGUUUUAAAAUUUGCCCAGAUUGCUGAUAUGACACUCAUACCUAAGGUCACAGAUUCUCGCAGAGUUGAUGAAAUAUGUAGAGUGGGAGUAGUCUAUCUCAGAACUAACAAUGAUCUCUGGGAUCGCUGGUAAAAUACACUC